AUGGGUAGGAAAUUGACCCUUAAUUUUGCUCCGUCCGCGGCGGCGGCGGCGGCAGGAAGGAAGCGAAAAGGAUCCACCUUUGCCCCGCUGCCCGCGUGCAAGCGCAGAGCACCGGCGCAGCCAGCCGGCGGCUGGGCGUCCCUGCCCACGGACAUAGUAGGCCUCGUCACCCGCCGGCUUCUGGGCGAGGGCGACGGCGACGUGGUCGACUACAUCUGCUUCCGCGCCGUCUGCUCCUACUGGCGCGCCUGCACGCCCGCGCCUCGCGACUCCGACCUGCGGGACCCUCGCCUCCGCCCGCGCGGCUGGGUCGCGCUCUGCGACGGCGACGCCGUCCGCCCGGACGGCGCCUGCGAGAUCGCCUUCUUCCACACGCGCACGGCCAGGCGCCUCCGCGUCCCCCUGCCGGAGCUCCGGCUGCACAGGGUCGUCGGCUUCACCGACGGCCUCGUCGUCCUCUUGCACGAGCGCACCACCGCGGUCCGCGUGCUGCACCCGUUCACGCGCGACGCCGUCGACUUCCCGCCCCUCCUCACCAUGUACUUCCAGGUGGUCAGGCAGAAGGCGUCCCUGCUCGACAUGAACGCCGCGGUGUGCAGCAGCGCGUCCUCCUCCUCCGCAGACUCCGUGGUGGUCUGGUUCCCCUACACGGACGUGGUGCUCGCCGCCGACCCGGGCUCGUCGGAUUGGGAGGUCCUCCACCGAGGGUUCUACGUCGGGUGCGCCCUGCCCUUCCAAGGAAGGCUCUACGCCACCAUGUCGUGCUCGAGCGAGAUCGUGCAGUUAUACCCUCCGAGACGCAAAGCUGUACCGCUGGAGAACCAUGUCGUGAUUGCUCACGCUCCACAUUCCGCCGACCGCGAAGUCUGUACUUUUUACCUCGCGGAGUCCGGUGGAAGGAUGCUGCUCGCCGUCCGGCAGCCAGCUCCUUAUGCGAAUGGGGCAGAAUGGAAUGCGUUGGAAUGGUCGCGACGACUGGUCUGCAGGCUCUACGUGGUGGAUCUAAACGGCAGCCAACGCCGUAAGCUUAUCCCGGUGAAGAACAUAGGUGACACCGCGCUGUUUCUCAGCGGCGACCGAUGCCUGUCUGUUUCAGCCAGGGAUCUACCUUCUUUGAGCAGCAACUCCAUUUACUUCACUCUACCACAGUACCCCAUUCUGGUGCUCUCGCUGGGGACUGGUUUGUCCGAGCGACUGGCAGACUCCUGCCAGAUACACGACGGGAAGGAGAGGAUCCGCCCCUCUGUGCGCCCCUUCACCAUUGUUGAUCAUCUUAUCACCUACUGCAAUCCUCGCGAGUGGAGUAAAGGGCUCAUGUUCCACGAGUACCACUAUAUACCUCGAUCUUUCGAGGAACUGAUCAAGAAAAUAAGGGCUCAAGAAAGGGAACUGCGGCUUCCACGCAUCGCUUUUCAUUCGCGCUGA